AUGUUGGAGCUGAGGCACCGAGGAGGCUGCCCCGGCCCCGGGGGAGCUGUGGCGCCGCCACCCCGCGAGGGAGAGGCGGCCGGCGGCGACCACGAAACCGAGAGCACCAGCGACAAAGAAACAGAUGUUGAUGACAGAUAUGGAGAUUUGGAUUCCAGAACAGAUUCUGAUAUUCCAGAAAUUUCAUCAUCCUCAGAUAGAACCCCUAAGAUUCUCAAGAAAGCUCUGUCCGGUUUAUCUUCAAGGUGGAAAAACUGGUGGAUUCGUGGAAUUCUUACUCUAACUAUGAUUUUCUUCUUUUCCCUGAUCAUCUAUAUGGGAUCCUUUAUGCUGAUGCUUCUUGUUCUGGGCAUUCAAGUGAAAUGCUUCCACGAAAUUAUCACUAUAGGUUAUAGAGUCUAUCAUUCUUAUGAUCUACCCUGGUUUAGAACACUAAGUUGGUACUUUCUGCUAUGUGUGAACUACUUUUUCUAUGGAGAGACUGUAGCUGAUUAUUUUGCUACAUUUGUUCAAAGAGAAGAACAACUUCAGUUCCUUAUUCGCUACCAUAGAUUUAUAUCAUUUGCCCUUUAUCUGGCAGGUUUCUGCAUGUUUGUACUGAGCUUGGUGAAGAAACAUUAUCGUCUGCAGUUUUAUAUGUUCGCAUGGACUCAUGUAACUUUACUGAUAACAGUUACUCAGUCACAUCUUGUCAUCCAAAAUCUGUUUGAAGGCAUGAUAUGGUUCCUUGUUCCAAUAUCAAGUGUUAUCUGCAAUGACAUAACUGCUUACCUUUUUGGAUUUUUUUUUGGAAGAACUCCAUUAAUUAAGUUGUCUCCUAAAAAGACAUGGGAAGGAUUCAUUGGCGGUUUCUUUUCCACAGUCGUGUUUGGAUUCAUUGUUGCCUAUCUGUUGUCCAAAUACCAGUACUUUGUCUGCCCGGUGGAAUACCGAAGUGAUGUAAACUCCUUUGUUACAGAAUGUGAGCCCUCAGAACUUUUCCAGCUUCAGAGUUAUUCACUUCCUCCCUUUCUAAAGACAGUGUUGAGACGGGAAACAGUGAGCUUGUAUCCUUUCCAGAUACAUAGUAUUGCGCUUUCAACGUUUGCAUCUUUAAUUGGCCCAUUUGGAGGAUUCUUUGCCAGUGGAUUCAAAAGAGCUUUCAAAAUCAAGGAUUUUGCAAAUACCAUCCCUGGACAUGGUGGGAUAAUGGACAGAUUUGAUUGUCAGUAUUUGAUGGCAACUUUUGUGCAUGUGUACAUCACAAGUUUUAUAAGGGGUCCAAAUCCCAGCAAAGUGUUACAGCAGUUGUUGGUGCUUCAACCAGAACAGCAGUUAAAUAUAUAUAAAACCCUGAAGACUCAUCUCACUGAGAAAGGAAUCCUACAGCCCACCUUGAAGGUAUAA